AUGCAGCAACCCACAACUCAACAAGCUCUUCUGGAGGAUCUCUUCCCUCCAACCCACUCCACAUUUAUUCAUUGUGAAGAUGACCUUCUGCUGUUCCCUUCACCUUCAUAUUCAUCAAUAUUCACAAACUCAUCUUCGUUCUUACAACCCACUUUCCAAUCCCUUUAUCAAUCAAUCUACUCUUUGGAUACCUCCUUCACUGAUUCCAUUUCUUCAUCGUUAUACGAUCAGCAAACCGUUCCAGAUCAACAGGAAUUCAAAACCCUAAUAACCGCGGAAGAAGAUGAAGAUGAUGAUUACAUUCACAAGAUUCAUGAGAACCAGAAGAAUGUUGUUUCUGAUGAUCAAAUCCCAACUGUUUUUAGUAUGGGGUCAUGGAAUGGUGAAAAGAAGAGUAAAUCUAAGAGGGUUGAAGGACAACCUUCCAAGAAUUUGAUGGCGGAGAGACGGCGGCGGAAACGGUUAAACGAUCGGCUUUCCAUGCUCAGAUCAAUUGUUCCCAAGAUCAGCAAGAUGGAUAGAACAUCGAUUCUCGGGGAUACGAUCGAUUAUAUGAAAGAACUUCUGGGGAAGAUUCAUGAUCUGAAAGAAGAAGAAAUAGAUGGAUCGAAAUUGGUGGGUAGCUUUAAAGGAUUCACAGUGAAUGAAGUUCAAGUAAGAAGUCCCCCAAAGUUUGAUGUAGAGAGACGAAACACGGAUACCCGGAUCGAGAUUUGCUGUUCGGCUAAGCCCGGAUUGAUGUUAUCGACGAUGACGACACUUGAAGCAUUAGGUUUAGAUGUUCAACACUGUGUCAUCAGUUGUUUCAACGAUUUCUUCCUUCAAGCUUCUUGUUCUGAGGGAUUGGAGCAUGAACCCAUGAUGAGUUGUGAAGAUAUGAAGCAAAUACUUUUCAAAAAUGCAGGUUACGGAGGUAGAUGUAUGUAAAGACGGGUGAUGCUGUAUGUACCCUUACGUAAGUCAAAAUCAAGUCCAAUCGUACACUUGAAAUAUAAAAAAGAGUUCUGAUAUUGAUAUGUGUUAUAAUUUUUUUAGCACAUAGAUAUGCAUUUAGCAAUCAUAAGGAUGCAAUUAAGCUAUCCUGUAUAGGAACAUGAAGCCUGAUGAAAUCCGAGUUAAGUACAGUGAGAUAACACAAUGGGAGAUGAUGCAAGACGAAUAUUUUUGCAGAUUUUGGAGUGUUUGGAUGUUAUGUUUUUCGGUUGUUUAAUUUAGAUUCACCGUUCUAUAUUUUCAAAUGUAUAAGUUAAUCUGAUUUUAAUAUAAAUAAGUAUGC